AUGCCAAAAAAGACUCUUUUUCGCGUCGUUUAUUCGUCAAGUUCGGAUGAACAGCAUCCAGCGAGUGAACUGAAUCAUCAUGGGCCGUUAGUAAAUGGUUGGCAAAGUGCACGUUUUUGUCAAUAUCCUCAAGAAUUAGUUCUGCAGUUUGACAAUUAUGUUCGUCUUCGACGUGUUCAAUUGCUCGCUCAUCAGUAUUUAAUUGCGUCAAAGAUCGAGUUUUUCCUUGGAGAUUGCACUUCAGAUGAUAGCAUAACACUUGAAAAUGCACGUUAUACUCGUCUCGGAUAUAUAGAAUUGUCUGGUAAUGAACGAACAGAUUUCAAAGCACGAGAACUCAAGUCAAUACACGUCGAUGCAGAAGGAUUGUUCUUAAAAUUGAUUAUACAUAGAAAUUAUACCAAUCGAUUGAAUUUAUAUAAUCAAGUAAGCAUUGUUGCAAUUAAUUUACUCGGUGACGAUGUCGAUAAGCUGAAUGAGACGAGUGAAAGUCAACCAGAUACAAUACCAGCUCGUUCGGAUCAAAUCUCUAUCAUCGAUGAUCUAGCAUUCGCUAUGUACCAAGAUCCUGAAAUAGCUGCAAUUAUCAAAAAUCUCGAUCGGAAAAAGCGAGAGUGUGUUCAUGGUAUUACGAUAAAACAAAAGCGUGAUCUUUCUUUAUAUAAUGAUGCUUUACAAUGCCUAGAUGAAAGAUUUGAUCAAGCACGACGAUUCAAACAAGCGAUACAAGAACUAAUAAAAGUUGGCGAACGUCUCGCUCGAUACGAAGUUGAAAAACGUCAAGCUAUUGAAAGUGAAGAUUAUGACGUAGCACAAAUUAAGAAAGAUAAAAUGGAACUUUAUCGGACGGAAACUUAUAGACAGUUGCAAGUACUUAAUCUUCUCGAUAUCGUUAUUGAAAAUGGAAAAGGAACGGAUUUCUUGAAACGAUUACAAGACAUCAUAGAUAAUGAACAAGACCAGAAUAAUUUCUAUCAUGAGCCAUCUCGUGCAACCAAACGACAAAACUACGGACGAUCUCACCAUACUGUGCAAAAUCGACGUUCACCGGAAUCGAAUGUUUCUUAUGGCGCGCCACCAACCGUACCUGACUCCACAGCAUCUCCACAACCGAUUCAAACAAAUAUGACGCGUCGAACUGGUUACGUAUCGCCAGAUUAUCCUAAACCACGCACUCCUUAUGAAGAUAAAGUUAUUCCAACAUUAAGAAAUCGCAAUCGUACCGACGGUGGACAUACGCAAGGUUCAGUAGUGGCAAAUACAGAUGCGACAGGACUGACGAAUGAAGAAACCGAAAGUUUCUACGGUGGAACGAAUCCCGCACCAAAUGAUGAUGCUACAGCGGAACUGAAUCAAGCGGAAAUGAUUGAAGCAAAUCAAAUGAUGAUUGUAUUCGACAAACAAUUGAUCGGUAAACUCUAUCAUCGAAAUCAUGCACAACGUGAGGAAGCUCUAGAUGAAAUCUAUCAAAUCUUGAAAUCAUUCUCCGGCGAUCAAGAAGACGCUCGUGCCUAUUUACGUGCUGGUAGUUUCGUUGUAGCACGAAUGUUUCGUUUUGAUGUACUAGCAACAUUCUCUCAUUCCUUAAAACUUUUUCAUUUACUAAUGAACGAUUACGUACGCAAACAUUCCAUACAAAAACAAGAUAUUAUCACUAGUUUAGAACGUGUUCUGCCUGUUUUAUUGCAACGUACAGGCGAUUCCAAUGCUCGAUUAAGGCAACGCGCUCAAGAAGCGAUCAUCGAAUCAGCAUCCUAUCCGGAAUUGAAGCCACUACAUGUUAUACCGAACCAUUGUGUUACGCCAUUUAAUAAAACAUGCGCACCACGAUUAGCAAUAAGUCGAUGUGAACUUAUCGAAGAAUUGAUGAAAAUACUUGAUGUGAAAACGGGUGAAAAUGGUCUAAAUGUCGAUAAUGUUAGCAAAUUUUGUGCACAAGCACUUGAACACAAUGCCGGUGAAGUACGAGAAUUAGCAAUCAAAAUUUUACUAAAUUUAUACAAGAAUCAAGGAUCGAUUGUCAAACGUUACCUUCCACCGGACAAUGAUCAAACGCGCCGAGUUAAGAAAUAUCGUGAUAUUUUCGAAGCAUUCGAUCGAAUGGAUGGCAUAACAAAUAAUGACCAAUUGGAAACCGAAAGAAAAUCUGUCGGAGCGUCUGAAACAGGAAAACGUGAUAGUCAAAAGCAACAGCACACUGCUCGAGAACAGAAUAAAUCCUUCGAUGCGAAAUCGACUCGAAGUAAAUCUCGAACGCCUACACGUUUCGAUCGGAAAACGCCGACAACAAGUGUGGCUGAUGAAUCUGAAUUUACUCCAGAAAAUACGUGUAUAUUUUGUGGCGAGAAAAAUGAAGAUUUUAUACGCGAUGGUCUCGAACAACACUAUUGGUCUGCCUGUCCAAUGCUACGGCGAUGUCAAGAAUGCAAUCAGGUAGUAGAAGUCGCUAUUUAUGUCGAACAUUUGUUGCGCGAAUGUGAAAACAAAGGCAAAUAUCAACAAUGUCCUCGUUGUUCCGAAGCGAUUGGCAACGAUUUCGAUAUUCAUAUCAAACUCAAAGAAUGCCAUGAAACGAAGCCAAAUACAAGUCGGUGUCCGUUAUGUCAUAUGAACAUUCCUGAAGGUGAUGAAGCAUGGCGUAAUCAUUUAAUGGGCGCUGAUGGUUGUGUCAAAAAUGCACGACGAGUUUCUGAACUAAAACAAAGUGGACAUGCGUCUCAACAGAAAUCAGUCGUUGUUCCCACAACUCAAGUCAAUGCAAUGAAGAAAAGCACGACAACCACCGGACAGAAAAAGAUGUCAACGACUGUGAAAUAA